GCCGCAAUUUGUCGGGAAGGCCGAGAAAAUGGCGGACGGCGUGGAUAUUGAUCUCUACGCCGACGACCUAGAGCAAGACUUCAACCAGGAGGGUUACAAUGAACACGAUUCCAACGUGGAUCUGUACGACGAUGUUAUUGCUGCUCCUUCCAGCGAUGGAAACGCCGAUGAGGUGUCUGGGGUUGGCAACCAGUCCCAGGGAAACAGCCAUCCUUCAAAGCGUGUCGCGCUCUACAUUGGAAACCUGACCUGGUGGACUACGGACCAAGACGUCACCGACGCCAUAAAUGCUGUGGGGGUCAACGAUGUGUUAGACAUCAAGUUUUUUGAAAACAGAGCCAAUGGCCAAUCGAAGGGAUUCUGCAUUGUGACUUUGGGAUCGGAUAGCGCAGUCCGUGCUGUCAUGGAAAAGUUGCCCAAGAAGGAUCUCCAUGGUCAGAACCCGGUGGUAACGUCGUGCAGUCGUCAGCAUCUGAACCAUUUUGAGAUGCAGAGCCGCAAACCCAGCCAAGGAGCUUCAUCGCAGUCGCGGGAAUACGACGAGUUUUAUCGUGGGGACCGCCGCAUGGAUCGCUACAUGGGGAAGUAUGAUCGGAAUUCAGUUGGCUAUGAUGGCAAGGGACGAAGCGAACGUGACCCCUACCACUUGGGCGGCGGUAACGACAGGGGUCCGCCGUCCAGCCGGCUGGGUCCUCGGGGCCCUUCACCCCAAGGACGCUCGGACAGAAGUCGCCCCUUUCCAAAUCAAGGACGCAUGCCCCCAGUGGGGCCGCCACUGAUUGGGCAGCCUCCACCGCCUCCUCAGUACACUCCAGGUGCGCCCUCACUCAACUACCCGCCUCCACCGAUGAGGCUGGGGGGACCCCCACCCCCUCAGGUGCACCCACCAGGACCCCCACCGCCCCUGCGGCCACCGCCUCCGCAGAGCGGUCCCCCUCCACCGUUGCCAGCCAACCUGCAGGGCCCACCGCCGCCCACUGGGGCAAUGCCGCUGCGAACAGCACCGCCGCCUCCGAGCCUCUUGCGCAUGCCCCCUCCAAGAGGGCCGCCGCCACCACUUGGAGCACCCAGGGGUCCACCACUGAUACCGGACCACAGGGGCCCGCCACCGGUUACCAAUGAGUGGGAGAGGGCACCAGCUGGACUGCACACCCUGCCCCCAGUGUCGCAACCACCACCGCACCCUGGUGGAGUGCCUCCUGGCCCGGCCCCACCUGGUAUGCCUCCCAAUCGGCUGCCACCGCCCGUGGUACCGGCUCCUAAUGUGCCCCCACCAGCUCCCCACGUGAACCCAGCAUUCUUCCCACAACAUGCGGGUCUGCCACCGCCGCCAACCUCUACACAGCCGUCGGACCCGUACGGCAGGCCACCUCCCACACAGUACACCCACGACUACCGUGGACCCACCAGCGACAGCCACCCUUAUUCAGUAGAUCCGAGGAGUAUGUUGCCUGCAUCAUCAUCUAUGCCCUCCAGGCAAGACCCACUGAAUCCUGCCAUCAAUGAGUCCGAGUUUGAAGAAAUCAUGUCCAGAAACAGGACAGUGUCGAGCAGUGCCAUUGCCCGUGCCGUGGCUGAUGCCAGCACAGGUGAAUUUGCCAGUGCCAUCGAGACCCUUGUGACAGCUAUUUCACUCAUCAAGCAGUCCAAGGUGGCUAACGAUGACCGCUGCAAGAUUCUCAUUAGCUCUCUGCAGGACACCCUGCACGGGAUUGAGUCUAAAUCCUACAGCACACGAAGUAAGGACCGCCCCAGGUCCAGAGAGAGGGACCGGUCACGAGAGCGGUCGUCCCGUCGAGAGAAGUCGAGCAGGCGUGACCGGUCGCGUAGCCGUGAGCGGGACUACAGAGACCGGAGCCGUGAAAGGGACCGCUACCAUGAGGACCGUUACCGGGACAAGGAGAGGGAGCACAGGAGCCGCCACUGAGCUGACCGGCGUAGUUUUCCACAAGAAUGGCAAAGUCAUCCUGUGGAGCAAGUGUAUUUUUGUAUUCCCGGGUAGCCACACCAACAUUGCAUUGUUUUCUGUCUGGUUGUACUGUGAAGUGUCAUUAAACAAGAAGUGAAAUGACA